AUGGCUAUACUUUCUCGCCGCCUCCGUCGUCGUCUCAAGACUCCCUUCAUCCUAAUCAUCCUCUCCCUCUUCAUCAUCUACUCCAUUCUCCCACACGACUCAGCCAUCCGCUUGGCCCUCGUCUUCAACGUAUCACGCUUCUUCAACCUUUUACGCGGCGCCACGACAGACCGUGACGCAUGGCUCCGAGCACCGGCGCGGUAUAGCGUGGAUCUGAGCACCGAGGUCGGCUACCUCAUCAAGACCGGCUAUGGUACCCGCCACCGCGUGCCCGACCAGCUCGCUGCGUUUGCCUCAACCGGCGGCUAUCUGGGAAAGGAGGGUCAGAGUUUUCUCGUCGUUGGCGAUUGGACCACGGUGAACCAGACGGAUGCGGCGCUGAUGGGCGUCACUGUGCAUGAUGCCAUCAAGAGAGUCAUGGAGACCAAGAUCCGAGGCAAGGUUGAGGAUUACCCGAGGCUGGUCAAGUACAGGAGCCUCCAGGAAAAGCUCGAGUCAGGAGAUGAGGAUGAGGCUCUGAGAAUUGGCCAGAGCUUCGGCUGGGAGUUGGAUGCACUCAAGUUCAUCAUGGGCAUGGAGAUGAUCUACAAGGAGCUACCCGGCAAGAAGUGGUACAUCAUCCUGGACGAUGAUACCUUUCUAGUCCGCCCUUCACUGGAGCUCCUGCUGGGUCAUGUUGACUACCGCAAGCCUCAGUACAUUGGCAACGCCGUUGGAGACUUCAAGGCUCGCUUUGGGCACGGAGGAUCUGGCAUUCUCAUCUCCGGAGAGGCCAUGAGGCGCCUCUUUGAGCACCCGGGGAUCGUCCAGGAGGCAUACACCGAGUCCAUGACUGAGACGUGGGGUGACCGGCUCGUAGCCACAACGCUCCAGAAGCUGGGGAUCUAUAUCGAGGAGAGCUACAACCAUCACUUUAACGGCGAACCGCCGUCAAUCACGCGCAUCUGGGGCGACCGUUUUUGUUCACCCCUGGUCUCCUUCCACGGCCUGCGCAAACCCGGUGAGAUGCGCCACGUGGGGCAGACGCUCGCCGAAAGAGACCAGCCAGUGCUAUGGCGCGACGUAUGGGAGCUGUUCGGGGGCUCUCCCAUGUCGACGCUCGAGGGACGACCGACCGAAUUGACAGCCGACCAUGUGGGCAAGCCUGACGAGCACACGCGUUCGUGGGGGGAUGUGAGGAGCGCAAACGCCUGUCAGACUCGAUGCCAGCAGAGCGGUAGGCGGUGCUUGGCAUGGACAUACGAGAUGGAGAACGAGAGGUGUCACACGAGCCCUUGGGUUCUGCUGGGGGCGGAUGGCGCUACGGCAAAGGCAUCGGGGGUGAACUGGCCUGAGGUGAAGCCACUGCUCAGAGCCUGCUCAUGA